UUCAUCUAUCAAUCGAAAUUCUUUUAAACCCAAAAAAAAACCAAUAAAAUGCCGUAGUAAAACCAAUUUUCAACCAAAAAAUUCCAGUAAAAACCAUAACAAAAUCCGUUUAAACCAUGAAGGACGACGACGAGGAUGAGGAAAACACCUUCGGUGUCACCAGAUACCCCUGCAUGCCAUCUCUGGUGGCCCUCCAGCAGAUGCGGAACCGUCUCCAUCUGGCUUUCCUCGGAAGGAAGCUCAUGAAAUGGACCAUGACAGCCACCGGACGGGAGAUGAGGCGAAUUGCUGGAGAGAUCGACGCAAUAUACAAAGGCUUUGACGCCGAUUUGCGAAACGCUUACAUACUUUUGGCAAGAAGUCGCUAUUUCUAUCCGACCCUCAACCAGAUGGUGUUGGAGAACAUACCCAAUAAGGCUGCCGUCUUGGUGUUGCCAUCAUCGAAGGCUAUGUCUGGUGUGAAGCUCAUGAGCUAUGCUAUUAUUGAGACAAAUACACAAAACUACGUACACCUGGGCCUAGAAAAGGGUGGCCAGACUAUAUUGGAAACGAAAAAGGCGUGGCUAGAACUUCUCAAAAGGCUCAUUUCAAUGCUGCAAUUGCGUACCAGUUUCUUAACAGUGGAGCUUACGAACAGAGCAGCUACCAAGAAAUAUAACGUACUAUCGAAAAUGGUUGUACCACGUGUCAAACUCAGUGAGAAAUAUAUCGUAUCGGAGAUGGAGGAAAUGGAACGAGAAGACAACUUUCGUUUAAAACGAUUCAAAGAACUUAAGACUAAGAAGAAUCAAGCAAGUAAUGCACAAAAGUGUCCUGCAUGUAAAAUGCCAAUUGAUAAAUGUAUAUGUGAAAAGCCUUUAGAAGGACAACGCAUAGUAUGUCCAAUUUGUGACGAUAAAACAGAACCUAAAGAUAAAGAAUGUGUUUGUGUUCGCAAAGAAGAAGAACAAAUUAUACAACCAGUUUCUAAAGUUAAAUUAGACGAAAAUGUAUGUACGUUUAAUGAAACUGUGGGUGACGUUUUAAGGGAAGUACGUUCAUGUCCCGUAAUCGCUGAAGAAGAAGAUAAGCAACCAGUCCAAAUUAUAAAAGAGGCUACAGUUACACCAGAAAAAUCUUGUACUUGUGUUGACAAUUCAGUAGACUGGAAUACCCUUUGCAAAAUUAUUGGUACCGAGAAAUUAAAAGAAUUAAAGGAUAUAUAUACAGCAAAAAGUAAACAAAGUCAGAAUGAAUGUUCAUGUGAACAUAUAGACUCUAAAAGUAUGACAGAAACUCCAGAAAAUUCGUGUACGUGUGUGCCUAAGCCUGUGAACUUAGAAGACCUUUGCAGAAAAGUUGACGUAGAAGAAAUGCAACGAAUUAAGGACAUCUACCUGCAAAAAGCACUUAACCCUGAUCCAAGUCAAUAUGAAUGUAGCUGCGAACCAAUUAAAAAUAAAUCAAAUUCAAAUGAAGGUAAAAGUGAUACAAAAUCGGUACAGGUACCAUCGAAUACACAUGAAUGUUUGAAAUGCCAAAAGAUCAAAAGCAAAGAUUCUAAAAACGUUUCUAUAAACAUUAAUGAUAACAAAGACGAAGAAGAAAAUGCAAAUGUCCAACCCCAACAGGACAAAGAUAUUGUGGGUGACGAUAAUACAGACACUAAAGAGAAAGAAUGUAUUUGUGCCCACCAAGAAGAAGAACAAAUUAUACAACCAGUCUCUAAAGUUACAUUAGACGAAAAUGUAUGUACGUUUGAUGAAACUGUGGGUGACGUUUUGAGGGAAGUAUGUUCAUGCCCCUUAAUCGCAGAAGAAGAUAAGCAACCAGUCCAAAUAAUAAAAGAGGCUACAGUUACACCAGAAAAAUCUUGUACUUGUGUUGACAAUUCACUAGACUGGAAUAACCUUUGCAAAAUUAUUGGCACCGAGAAGUUAAAAGAAUUAAAAGAUAUAUAUACAGCAAAAAGUAAACAAAGUCAGAAUGAAUGCCCAUGUGAACCGAUAGAAUCUAAAAGUAUGACAAAAACUCCAGAAAAGUCAUGUACGUGCAUGCCUAAGCCUGUAAAUUUAGAAGACCUUUGCAGAAAAGUUGACGUAGAAGAAAUGCAACGAAUUAAAGACAUCUAUCUGCAAAAAGCACUUAACCCUGAUCCAAGCCGAUACGAAUGUAGCUGCGAACCAAUUCAAAAUAAAUCAAAUUUAAGCGAAGGUAAAAGUGAUACGAAAUCGGUAAAAAUACCAUCGAAUACACAUGAAUGUUUGAAAUGCCAAAAGAUCAAAAGCAAAGAAUCUAAAAACGUUUCUAUAGACAUUAAUGAAAACAAAAACGAAAAUGCAAAUGUCCAACCCCAACAGGACAAAGAUAUUGUGGGUGAUUCUCAAGAGCUCGGCAUAACUGUAACUGAGUUUAAGGAAUUUGUAACAAUUAAAAGAUUUAGAAAAGAAGAUGGUACGAUUGGAGAGGAGAGACAAGUUGUAACUGUAAAGAGUGAAGCCAAACAUCCGCCGAAUACUGACACACAGUCCUGUUUAUCCUGUAAAAGUUUGAAACAGAAAAACUCGUCAUCUACCCAAGCAAAAGUAAAAAUAACAUUUCCGGUUGAAAAGAAACCCAGCGAGACAUCUAAUGUUUCAGUCAAGUCCUGUACAAUUUGUAAAAUGAAAGCAAGUGGGAGUAACAUUUCGGUGGAUUCAAGAGUAUCUUUUAAAAAAAUAGAGCGUGCUAGUAAAGCAACCCAGACUGGAGAUAAAUCUAAAGGGACAUGCUGCAAAAUGAAUAAAGGAGAAAAAUCAAGUUCAGCUACCAGUUCUAUGGACGGUAAAUCAUCUGAUACGUGUUUGAAGCAUUCGUCCAGUAACAUUACUAAUCGCACCAAAAGCUGCUGUUUAAUCAAAAUUGUAUCCAAACCUAAGGAUGACCAUAGUAAAGACGAUAAACUCAUAGCUGACAACUGCUUCGAACUUAUAAAACGUAUCUUGUUAGAAUCGAAUAAAUCUAACGCGUCUAAACCUAGCGUUUGUUCUUGCCAGUCAAAAAAUGAAGUGAAAUGUUCAAAGAGUCAAACAUCUACCAAAACAUGUGAAUGUACGAAAUCUUCACCAUCAUUAAAAUCCGAGAAAUCACCGCAAUAUUCCUCGGAAUCAUUUGUUUCCUGUAAAGAUUCGAUAUGUAAAAAGAAGGAGUCAGAAUCGUCUUGCAAGUGUAAAUCAGAAACGAAGGACGAUACCUGCCCCGCUUGUGGUUCUAAAGUUGCACCAUCAAAACCUGUUAAUAAAUCGAGCGAAUGUUCUUGUGUGAAAUCUAAACCUACCAAAUUUGAAUCCAAUCCAUCUUUAUUAUCCUAUGAUUCAUUUCAAAAGUCUAUAGGCAUAGAAACUGACUGUCCCAAAUGCGUCAAAUCGCAAAGUGCAGCACGGAACAGCGCUUGCCAACAACCAAAGCCUGAAUGUCCACUUUGUUCCAAACACUCAAAAAGCUUCAAAUCCAAGUCUGAUUCGAGUAUACAACAAACGAAAUGCUGUUUACAACCAAAAAUAGAAUCUAUACAAUCAAAAUGUCCGACUUGCGCUCAAAAGAAUGCUAGCUUCUGCAAUUCUGCGAAACCCAACUGCCAAUGUUCCCAAGACUCGAGUACUUCCAAAAAUACUUCAGAACAUUCAAAAUCUUGUGUGCAAGUUGUGGAAUGUGAAAGUUGUUGUGAACCAAAGGCAAAAGAAGAGCAACAAACAAAAUGCUGUAAACAACCAAGAACAGAAUCUAAUCAAUCGAAAUGUCCCAUUUGCGCGCAAAAAAAUGCCUGCUCCUGCAAUUCUGCGAAACCCAACUGCCAAUGUUCCCAAGACUCGAGUACUUCCAAAAAUACUUCAGAACAUUCAAAAUCUUGUGUGCAAGUUGUGGAAUGUGAAAGUUGUUGUGAACCAAAGGCAAAAGAAGAGCAACAAACAAAAUGCUGUAAACAACCAAAAACAGAAUCUAAUCAAUCGAAAUGUCCCAUUUGCGCUCAAAAGAAUGCUAGCUCCUGCAAUUCUGCGAAACCCAACUGCCAAUGUUCCCAAGACUCGAGUACUUCCAAAAAUACUUCAGAACAUUCAAAAUCUUGUGUGCAGGUUGUGGAAUGUGAAAGUUGUUGUGAACCAAAGGCAAAAGAAGAGCAACAAACAAAAUGCUGUAAACAACCAAGAACAGAAUCUAAUCAAUCGAAAUGUCCCAUUUGCGCGCAAAAAAAUGCCUGCUCCUGCAAUUCUGCGAAACCCAACUGCCAAUGUUCCCAAGACUCGAGUACUUCCAAAAAUACUUCAGAACAUUCAAAAUCUUGUGUGCAAGUUGUGGAAUGUGAAAGUUGUUGUGAACCAAAGGCAAAAGAAGAGCAACAAACAAAAUGCUGUAAACAACCAAAAACAGAAUCUAAUCAAUCGAAAUGUCCCAUUUGCGCGCAAAAAAAUGCCUGCUCCUGCAAUUCUGCGAAACCCAACAGGCAAUCUUCCCAAGACUCCAAAAAAACUUCGGAACAUUCAAAAUCUAGUGUACAGUUUGUGGAAUGUGAAAUUUGCUGCGAAUCAAAGGUAAACGUAGUUCAACAAACAAAAUGCUGUAAACAACCAAAAACAGAAUCUAAUCAAUCGAAAUGUCCCAUUUGCGCGCAAAAGAAUGCUUGCUCCUGCAAUUCUGCGAAACCCAACAGGCAAUGUUCCCAAGACUCCAAAAAACCGUCAGAACAUUCAAAAUCUAGUGUACAGUUUGUGGAAAGUGAAAUUUGCUGCGACCCAAAGUCAAAAGAUGUUGCUACGAGCACAAGAAGAUCUGAUAGAUAUGAUGUAAGAAAUAUAGAGAUGCUCAAGCCCAAUAAACAGUUAUCACUUACUGCAAUAAACAGUUGCACUUGCUCGUCUGCCAGUAAUGUAGCUGGAGAUAAAUGGUUUGAGCCACCCCAGAAAGCGAGCUCAUAUCAUGAUAGAUGCUAUCAUUAAAAGUUGAAUGUUUUGAUAACUCUGAUUCAAAAUUGCCAUAAGAGUAUAACAUUGAAUUCUACUUUUAUACAUGCAUGCAUACGGACAUAGUUUGACAAAAUACAUUAAAAAAUUUAAGCACUACGUCUGCCACAAUCGCUGGACCCGAAGUACAAAGUCGCGAAGCACUAUUACGACUGUUUUCAAUGUUUUCUCAUUUUAACUUUCUUGUGUUAUGAAAUAACUGUAUUUUUUUUUAGAAAUUUUCGCAAAACAUUUUAUUUAAAAAAAACGAGGAUGUCUUUAUACCAUUUACCUAAUUUUACUUUCUUGAAAUA